CAGCCUUGGGGGAUUCAAACCAACAAUAUUACGAGUCUAACCGGGCUCAGCAACCACUCAACUCUGUAUUGGAGAAACAGAACCGAAGCGCACCUGGCUGCAUGCGGACCAUUUACACCACCCGAAGGAGCCGCAAGGCACCCUGCGCGACCUCUCACCAUUGGCCAAGUCCCGGAGCCCUCAGCAUCUCCAUCACGGCUGCAGGGGCCAUUCGGGAAAGCAGGAGACAGAGGUGGACAACAGUAUGACGAUGCUUGUGCGGCUCGUGUUGGGACUCUUGGUCCUCAAAGCAGUGGUGGCCGGCCCCAGAUUUUCCCGACAGGUGGACGAAGACGUGGACCAGGACACCUACGAGUAUGAAGACGAGCUCACAAUUGGUGAUCCUCAGAUAGAGAUUGGAACACUGGCCCCACCUGACUUUAACUACCCUGUGACCGAUGCCCUGUAUGAAGAACAAGAAGAAGAGGAGGAGGAGUUGCCUCUAACCCCUCGGCUCAUCUCUCAGGGCUCAGGGGGGUCCGGGGAUCUCAUGGGCCCAAACACACAGAAAGAGGAGGGGCUGCUUCCAGCGACACCAGAGCCCCCUCAGGAGGGUGCUGGCGGUGUGGAAGAGUCAGGGAGCUCUGGUGAGCCCGAGGAGCCCGAGGAGCCUGUGAUUGACUGGAAAGGUAUGCCCACGUGCCUGCUGUGCACGUGCCUCGGCGGUUCUGUCUACUGCGAUGACUUGAAGCUGGAUAGUGUCCCGCCUCUUCCCAAAGACACCACUCACUUCUACGCCCGCUACAACAGAAUCACCAAGAUCAACAAGUCCGACUUUGCCUUCAUGAAUAAGCUGAAGAGGAUCGACCUGACCGCCAACGAGAUAAAGUCCAUCGACGAGAGGGCCUUCUUGGGUCUGCCCGAGCUGGAGGAGCUGGUGAUUCGAGAGAACCACGUCUCACGGCUGCCCGCCCUCCCGGAGACCAUGAGCCUGAUCGACGCCAGCCACAACGACAUCGGCAGCAAGGGCGUCCACCAAGAGGCGUUCAAGGACAUGACGGGCCUGCUGUACCUGUACCUGACGGACAACCACAUCGAUUACAUCCCCGUGCCUCUACCGGACAGCCUGAGGUCUCUGCACCUACAGCGUAACAACAUUCAAACGAUGCACGGGGACACAUUCUGCAACCUGAAAGAUUUCAACUACAUCAGGAACGCACUGGAGGACAUCCGUCUGGACGGCAACCCCAUCAACCUCAGCAGGACCCCGCAGGCCUACGUGUGCCUGCCCCGCAUACCCAUCGGGGAUCUCUUUUAACCACACCGACCCCCUCGAAUGCAACCACAUGCACACAUGCUUGUACAUAUUGACACACGCAGACCUGCGCGCCAUCCGUCGCUCCUCAAACAAGUCGAUUUUAUUUCAGUUCCAAACGGCCACGCACGCUGCGGACUUAUACCACGCGGAUCAGUUAACAGAUUUAUACUCCGUAAAAAAAAAACAUCCACCAAGUUACGAGUCAGAUUCUGUCGAUGCAUCCAUCUACUUCAAAACGCAUGCACACAUACGGACACACAAACACGUACGCGCAAGAAGUCGCUCAAAAGCCAAAGCGUUUCACAACUUGAUUAAGAGAAAACGGUGGCAUUUUGGAGAAAUCUGUUUAUUAUAUAAAUCCUCAAAUGUCAUGUAUGUGUCCGUGUCUCUUCAUGACUGGCAAAAAAAAUAAAAACAGUAAUAUUGUUUAAAUGUUUGUUUUGUAAAAAAAUAAUAGUAUUAAUAUUAUUGACAAAUCUUAACACUUUUGGAAAUGUAUACUAGCAUAAAGUUAUUGAAGCUGGAGCUUAAUG